AUGUCAUCAACUGUUGGGGGACACCUGCUUCCGCAGAACGAGUUCGACAUCCCCUUGAACCUAGGCACACCACCAUCUGUGCCCAUCUUACCUGAUUACUCCGGCAAUGAGGGACCAUACCAGAUAUCUGCGACUGUGGAUUCGGGGUUACCGCGGACAACCCAAGGGCAAGAACCCAGCGGGCCAUUAGGUGCUUGUAGCACUCCUGCAGCGGGAGCCAAUAUUGGAAAACUGACUCUCCCACCUAAACCGAAACGAGUGCGCACUGGGUGCUUAACGUGCAGAGAACGACAUCUUAAAUGCGAUGAAACACUUCCUCGUUGCCAGAACUGUCAGAAGUCAGACAGAUUGUGCAAGCGUGGAGUGCGUCUUAAUUUCAUUGAUACACAAGUAGCGGCGCCACCAUAUGCUGUCCCAUCGAGUCACGAUUGGAACGUCAAUUUCCGUGACGAGUCGCGUGAGAUAGCAUCUGAAUAUCUCGGUGGCUAUGAACGGUAUCCCUUAUUAAAAAAGGGAUCAAUGCAGCCACGCCCAAUGCCCACAUAUGGAUAUCGUGAUUCGCUGACAAUGGCCACACCGCACCCGGGGCUAACAAGUGCAUCGCUUCUUACCUCGUUUUCUGAACAGUCACAACCGGAUAUAGCAGCUGAGCCAAUUUUCCAUAGUACUCCUCAGGCGCCAACAGAACCUGGGUAUCAUGAUCACUCAAUAGCACGUUCACCUUUCGAUACCCCGAAACACCCCCUUACUGCCUCUCAUGAUUCUCGACCGUGUUUGAAUACAGCGGAAGAAGUGCUACUUAUGCAGGUAUAUGUGGAGGAAGUGGGCCUUUGGAUGGAUUCCAUGGACCCAGGUAAACAUUUCACUCAAAUACUUCCUUUUCACGCACUUAGCGAGCCGAUGCUUUUAAAUGCUCUUCUAGCAUGUGGAGCCCGCCAUUUAUUUCUCGUAAACCCGUCAUUUGGUGAAGAAAAGGCACUAUAUUAUUACAAUAUUUCGACUAGAGAUCUUUUAAACUGUCUGCAGGAUCCGAAUCGGGACACUGUCUUGUGUGCUACUACUGCCGUAGUAUUGAACGUUUAUGAGGUGAUGUGUGAGAAAGCCAUGCAAAGAAUGAACCAUAUUGCUGGUGCCCGUGCACUGAUCAAAGAAUGUCGUUGGAAUGCCAAGUCAACCGGUAUUGGAGGUGCCUGCUUUUGGUUAAACGUUGGAAUGGAAUUAUUGAGCUGUCUUCACUUUAAUUGGAAAAUGGCCUGGGAUCCGGAUACAUGGGACAUCGACAUGAACAUGACUUUAAACCAGGGAAGCAUCGCGGGUGACGAAGAGUUUUGGACCCAUCGUAUGCUUUAUAUAUGCGCAAAGAUCGCCAACUAUCGGGCUGGUGUGGCGUACCAAGCACUAGAUCGCAAUGCCGACCCUGGUGUAAACCAACGUUGUGAGGAGUGGAACUCAUUGCGAGGCUGGUGUGAUGAAUGGGCGAGAUGUGCACCAAGGUCUAUGAUGCCUUUGGGCUACUUACACCCUUGGCAAACGAAUUCGAAAUCUUCCUUCCCUGAAGUCUGGCUUGUGAAACGCUCUGCGAUUGUUGGACGACUAUUCUACCAUACUGCCUGUUGUCUACUCGCAAAAAUCCAUCCCACAGAAUCGGCAUAUUCUGAUGAGAUGCUCUCGAUGCAGCACAGCCAUGCUCACGAUAUCUGUGGUAUAGUAGCGCAUGUAAAGGAUAGAGGCGUUGCCAGCGUUUCAAUUCGGUGUCUGGCGAUUGCGGCCGAAUGCGUCGUUGGCAGGGAAGCACAAGAAGAAGUGAUCACAAUGUUGGAUAAAAUAAUAAAGGAAACUGGCUGGCAGGUUGGUUUCUUGCAGCACGAACUUGUUGAAAAAUGGGGUUGGCAUAGCACUUCCACACAGAUGUCACCUCAUCAGCAACAGCAAAUGGCAUCAGCUGGCCCUUCCUCCGACCUCGGAUCAUCAUUAUUAAAUUCUGCAUUGCCUAGUGCAGGCCCAUCGAGGCCCCGGAUGCCACAGGGAAUCGUUAAUCCGCUGAUGGCGACCGCCGACUUUUCAUUCGACAACCAUCCGUACCAGAACCAUUACGUUGCCCCCCACAGUAACCAUCUGAAUAACUACCACUACGGCUCUUAUUAA